GCCGUACACCUGGCUGUCACACUUAGAGCACCUACCUGUCACUUCCUGCUGUCUGUAUUUAUCCAUUUCACUACUUUGUCCAUCUAGAGAUGGCCUCGCACGUCACUGCCAUGUUCGGAUGAGAUUGUUUUUGUAGACUGCCGCACGGAUCUGCGGUCCUGCGGAUCUAUCGCUGCGACCUUGGCUCCACGCUCGGCUGAAAGGAGGAGUUAAGCCGUGGACACUGUCUGGAGAAAGACCGCUGGGAUUGAAUCAGUGACCGCGGCAGGACGUGCGUGAAUGUGGACUCACUGCUUUGUGCUGCGGCCGCAUGGAAGCGAAAGUGCCUGCUGUGAAGACAUGUAUGAAAGGUUAUGUGUGCUCCCCAGCUGAAGGUCUCUGUCUACCAGAGCGCCCCCUACCUGUUUGAGUAUGUAUCGCAGGAACGGGCUAUCGAAUGGCAACAGCAUCAACUCCAUCACUUCAGAGGCCAGCAGCGCCUCUGACUCCCUGGACGGGCCCUGUGUGGACUACGCCAAGAGCUACGAUGCAGUUGUCUUCGAUGUACUCAAGGUGACGCCCGAAGAGUUUGCUAGCCAAAUCACUUUAAUGGACGCUCCUGUAUUCAAAGCAAUACAGCCAGAGGAGCUGGCUAGUUGUGGCUGGAAUGGAAAGGAGAAGCACAGCUUGGCUCCGAAUGUGGUGGCGUUCACUCGGAGGUUCAACCAGGUGAGCUUCUGGUUGGUUAGAGAAAUCUUAACUGCCCAGACGCUGAAAAUCAGAGCCGAGAUAUUGGGCCAUUUUGUAAAAAUAGCAAAGAAACUUCUGGAGCUGAACAACCUGCACUCUUUGGUGUCUGUGGUGUCGGCUUUGCAAAGUGCUCCCAUCUUCAGACUCAGCAAGACCUGGGCGUUGAUCAGUCGAAAAGACAAGGCCACAUUUGAGAAGCUGAACUUUCUGACGUCUAAAGAGGAAAACUACACUCGUAUGAGAGAGUACAUACGCUCACUGAAGAUGGUGCCCUGCAUACCCUACCUUGGGAUCUACCUGUUGGACAUGAUCUACAUAGACUCCGCCUAUCCUGCGUCAGACAGCAUCAUCGAGACUGAGCAGAGAGCCAAUCAGAUGAACAACCUUCUGAGAGUCAUUUCAGAUCUGCAAAUGUCCUGUAACUAUGAUCACUUGGUGACCCUGCCGCACGUCCAGAAGUACCUCAUGUCUGUCCGCUACAUCGAGGAGCUGCAGAAGUUUGUGGAGGAUGACAACUUUAAGAUCUCUCUGAAGAUUGAACCUGGCAACAGCUCUCCUCGCAUUGCUUCAUCUAAAGAGGACCUCGCAGGCCUGUCUGAGGUCUCUGUGUCCAUGAGGUACAACCGGCGGCCAACAUGUCCUGAUGCGUCUGUGGGUGUGCGCAUCCCCACCCCUCCUCCAUCUCAUCACAGGAAGAGCCACAGUCUAGGAAACAAUAUGAUGUGCCAGUAUGGUAUGUCUGAGAGCCGCAGUGCCACAUUUCCCAUAGAGAAACCACGCCACCUGCUGGAUGACAGCUUUUUGGAGUCCCAGAGCCCCGUCAGAAAUGAUCCACACAGUAUUUCAGUAUCCAAUGGCCUGUCACUUGGAAGCAGUGAAAGUUCUUUUGGUGAAGACUUGUCUCCUGGGAUAGGAGAGAGGAGCCGCAUGUACGCCACACUGGGCCCAAACUGGAGAGUCCCGCUGCGCACCUCGCCCCGCAGUCGGAGCUAUGUGUUCAGCUCUUCUCCUGGAAACUGCUACAACUGCUGUGAGCCCAGUAAUGUGACCAUAGAGGGUCCACUACGGAGGAAAACACUGCUAAAAGAGGGGCGCAAACCCAAGUUGUCAUCCUGGACAAGGUUUUGGAUUUCUCUAUCAGGAUCAACACUCACUUUUUAUGGUGCAAAAGCACUUAGAGCCUCUGAGAGAAAACAUUACAAGUCCAGUCCUUGUAAGAAGGUCUGUGUGACUGGGUGGAUGGUGGUACUACCAGACGACCCUGCUCGACCUAACAUAUUUCAGCUAAAUGACCCAGAUAAAGGCAAUGUUUACAAGUUCCAGACAGGAUCCAGGUUUUCAGCGAUCAUCUGGCACAAAAAUCUGGAGGAAGCAAGUAGAAGCAGCAGACCUCAGAUACCAGCAAACCUGAUGUCAUUUGAGUGAUGGCGGACUCAGUUUGGGGACAUUUCUAUGCCAAAGCUGCUUGGACUGAAACAGAAAGUGCAGAGUGGAUGGGCGUAUUGUUGCACCUUUCAUCUGAAGACGUGAGGUGCCCUGUGUGUAUUUGCUCUAAGCUUGUUGUUCACUGUUGAUGUGAUGCUGCUGUGAAGAUGCGAGUGAGCGUCGUGCCCUGGCCCAUGUUGGGUUUCUGCUGAAGUGAGAGCAGCUUCAGCACGUAUGCCUGGAGAACAGUGUUAGCUUAAGUGUGCCCAACAUCUGUAUUCAGUGUUAUUGGGACUGUUAUGAAACACUAAUGAUGUGAAUAAUAAUGAACAAUUUUGUAAAAUUUGCAUUUCAGCUAUCAUCUUAAGAAGGAGGAACAGUGAUAUCUGUUCUGUUGUGUGUGUGUGUGUGUGUGUGUGAUGUGGCUAACAGAUGUUCAAAAAGCAAGAAGAACAAGAACACUGGAUAUCUAAUAUCUGAUAAAUGAAGAAAUUGUGUGUAUUUUCCCUUUGCUACCUCAGCCGGUAGUAGUCCUGAUGUAGUUCUAACUGAAGGAUACUUUAUAACAUGGGAUACUGUGGCCACAAAGAAAAGUAUAAUGGUGGGAAACCAUAACCAUAAUAGUGAUGUCCAGUUCAUUCAUUCUCAAAACAACAAAUUUUCAUGCUUGUCUAAACUAAAGCAAUUUACUAAAGAACCUAGCUUUUACAAUCAUGUCCUUGUAAAUACUGUAUUUAUUUUAAAUGCUUAUUUUGCGUAUUUGACAUACUAUAUGUGUAAAGGUACUUUCGUGUCAUUCUGUAUAACAAGCCUCUAGAAGGAGAAAAACAUUUUAAAUAUAUGUCUGUCCUGGACACAAAUUAGACCAAACAAAGUUUAAACAUUAUUCAUCUGCUGCUUCACAACUUUACCACGAUUAAAAUCCAAGACGAUAUCACACUCUUCAACAUUAAUGUAGUAUAAACUGCACUAUGUUCUUAAGUAUUGUGACACCAACACAGUUUCUUAAAUGUAUCUCACUGGCUGUAGUUACAUACUGUCUCAAAAACUGAUUAAUAUCAACUUUUUUUUUUAUUCAUUUAAAUGACAUGUAAACAGCCAAAUAGUCUGAUUUCUUUCUGAUCAUGGUCCCUCUGAUUACUCGCAUCAGAUUUUGCAGUUUACAUUUAAGUAAUCUUAAAGGUCCAGAAAUGAGAUUACAAUCAGAUUAUAAUCAGAUUUUGGUGUGCAUGUGAACAAGGCCACUGAUGCUGUUACAUUUCUAAUCGCAAAGUAAAUGUCAUUUAAUCUGAGCCAAAAUAAUUACACCUGCAAAGUUACUGUCAAUCAUUUUAAAAUGUCCAACAUUUAUGUAAUUACUGAUUGCUACGCGUCAGUAAAAAAACACAUGAGAUGUAUUGAUACUAUUUUUUUAAACUAUAGAGACACUGAUGAACAGCCUACAUGUAAUUUUUGAGGUGCUCAGCUAAUAGAGUUCAACAGUGAACGUCUGCUCCGGUUUUAAUUUCUCAAUUUUACAUACAUUUUUCCCAUAGACUUCAAAUAUUAAGAGUUCAAAGUUAUCACGGCGGCAGAACUACAUGGUAACUAAUAUCCAUAAUGCGGUCGUUUUAAAUCCUAAAAGCAAAUUUAAAACGCAAACUUCAAAAUGCUUAAAUAACUUUGCGGUUUAUAAUGUUUCAGAAACUGAUUUUAAAUAAAAUGAUAGGUUUUGUGGUCAUUAGUUACCAUGUAGCUGAUUAACCCUGAGGAGCAAGCUUUAGUUAUAUAUAAUGAAUAACUUUUUUUCCAGACAGUCUAUGGGUAAAAUGAGAGUUUUGGAACCGAGGCUGGGCGAUCACUGAGCUCCAUUCACUUGGUAUGAAUGUCGGCUAUUACCAGUAUUUGAUUUUUAAUUUGCUUUGUUUUAAUAAUAAUACAUAUUUCUUGUAUUCCUUGUGACAGUGACUACUGUUUUUUUCACUUGCUGCUCAAAUGAAAGAACUUUUUUCGCAAGAUGUGUCAAAAUAAUAUCCUAGCUAAAGAUCCUUGUUUGAUUAAUGAAGAAUAUAAAAAAAAAAAAAUACCCAAAUGAAUCUGUGACUAGGCCUGGGCUGUACAAAUGUUCUGCACAGUUUGACUUUUUUAUUCUGAGCACUUUUAUGAGGCAUGUUGCUUCAAAUGUUUGUAAUCCAUUUGAACAGGCCUGUCAUUUUGACAUCCUGUAACUAAAUAAUCAAAUCAUUAGAGGAAAAAACUUUUACCAUUAAAAUAUGUAUUCUUAUAGUUUUCAUUUGGUGUUUUAACCUGCCAAUCCAAUUACACAUGAUCUGCUCAGAUCUAAAUGUGUAGUAGUGACAAAUACUUGUCCAUGAAGUAUUGCUUUAAACUGUGUUUACUUUACAUCUGUUUUUUAUUAUUUUUAUAUAGUUUUAUAGUUUUAAUAUACUUCAAUUUUAUCAAGUUCAGUUCAUGAGUAGCAUGUGUGCAAGUUUCUAGUGUCAUAAAUGAAAACAAACCACUGAAUUGUGUUGGAAUGUGUGAUUUUUUUUUUUUCUUUAAUUUAUUACAUAUAGCACUGCUAUUUGUGGUUGUAUUUUUCAGUGUCAUGAUAUUGAUUCUGAAUAAAAUGUACAUACAAA